CUGUGAUGUACGCUGUGGUCAUUCCAGAUGCGACAAGAAAUGCUCGGAUCCAUGCACUCCUUGCGCUGUAGAGAUCUGCCUGUCAUCCUGCUCUCACAGUUAUUGCACAAUGCCCUGUGCUGCUCCAUGCGAUCAUGUCCCAUGUUCGAAGAGGUGUGAUCAAUUGCUAGCGUGUGGACAUCAAUGCCCGUCCGUCUGUGGGGAGAUUUGCCCACCUGCGCGAUAUUGUCAAAUAUGUGGGGGCGAUGAAAUUAAGAAUCACAUGGUUGACUUUAUCCUUGGGGAGACCUACCGGGACAUCAACCUUGACGAGAACCCAUGUGUCUUUCCGCGAUGUGGUCACUUCUUGACAAUUGAGAAUAUGGAUGCACAAGAUGGACAUGAAGAAGUAUUACAUCCUUGACGCAAUAGAGAAGCCAAUUGGGAUUGCCGCAUCAGCGGCGCCGUUCGCCAUGGACGACAUCAAGACGUGUGCCAGCUGCCGUGGGCCCCUGAGAGAUAUCGCCCGGUACGGACGGUUGGUGCGCCGUGCUCUCCUGGAUGAAUCGACAAAAAAGUUAAUAUUGUACAUGAAUCGCGAAUUCGUCCCCCUAGCGCAGGCACUCCCUCGAUGCAUACGACAGCUCCAGGAAUUGACAAAUGAACGACCUAUUGCCUGGCCGGCUACUGUGAAGAUUGCGGGCAAGUACGAAGGGCAGAUUACUGCGAUGCGGGACAUGCUUUCUCGAGCAGACAAGGGACGAUGGCAGAAUAUUCUUGGUCUACGGCAGCGAAUCAAGGAUUAUAUGAGGAAAGUGACGCCCGAAGAGCAACCAUACAGCAAAGUACGCAACCUGGUUGCCAUCGGUCGUCGUCGAAAGGAAACUGCUGAGUGCCUUGAGCCUGGAAACGCCAUCCUACAGAUGAAGGGGUCAGUUCAAGCCACCGCGCUCAGUUUGCGUCUGGAUAUUGCCUUGCUGGCUGACUUUCUGAAGCUUUAUCACGAGGCCCCGAAACAGGCCGAUAGUGUGAUUGAGAUGGAUCUAUCAAAAAAUCGCGGCCAAUGCAAAGCUCUCGUGGAGACAGCGGGACUCUCAAAUCACGUUGUUCAUCAGACGGAGGGCUAUAUCUUCCUCGCCCAGCUCCAUGCGUUCGAGCGAUCGUAUGCAGCCUCGGCUGAGCUGGUCGAUCAACACGUGGCCCAUGCCCAGGAAGCCCUCGAUCACGCCAAAACCCUCUGCACCUUCUGGCCUGGUCAGACCCGUGGCUUGAUGGACGAAGUCGAAGGGGUGGAGAAGAUGCUUCGCGGAGCGACGUUCUACACCCCCGUGACCAACGAAGAACGCAUGGCGGUCAUUGCUGCCAUGGAGCAGGAGUUCCGGGGCACGGGGCAUUGGUACUACUGUCGCAACGGCCAUUCCUUUACAAUUGGGGAGUGUGGCAUGGCGAUGCAGAGGUCCGUCUGUCCGGAGUGUGGAGAGCCCGUCGGUGGACAGAACCAUACCGCUGCCGAGGGCGUGACGCAUGCGAGGGACUUGGAGGAGAAUUUUGCGCGGCUGAGUUUGGAAUAAGUUUCUGUCUUGCUGUGGUUUGUGAUUAAGAUCUUGGAUCGCGAGAUUUGAAAAUAUCUAGUGC